AUGCCAGCACAACGAGAAGCUCGAAUUCGUCGAUCGCGCAAAGUUUUCUCGCCUAGUGACAAUUUCAUUCGACCUACUCAUUACCUCUUAUAUUUUGAUUCAACCGAUUCGUACAGUAUUGUUUUAUUUAGUAGUAUUCAUGACAUUAUUAAUAAAACAGCCACAUUAAAUAUUCGUGGAUCAUUUGAAACGUGUGAAGAAGAACAAGAAAAAAGAACUAGAGAAUCUCAGCAAACUUCUAGUAAUGGCAAGGAUGAAGCAGUGAUCGAUGGUGAGGAUGAAGAUGUUGAUAUGCCUCCAUCCUCUCAACAGGAAGGUUUAAUCAAAACAUUUUCUUUAUCAAAUUUUCAACAAAAGAGACGUAUAACGGAUCGUGAUUAUUCACUUUGGGAUGAAGAAAAUGAUGAUGAUGAUAUUAAUGAAAAAACAAAUAAUCAAUUUGAUGAUUUAUCUCGUCCAACCGGUCCAUCGGACUUCGAUAAAAAUUCAAUCACGACUAAAAAAAAGAAAAAAAAAAGAAAACAAAAUCAAGCAACAGGUAAAAGUUUUAAACGACAACGAACAAGCAACAAUUACGAAGAUAUUGAACAAAUAAAUGCACUUAUUGAUCCAAUUAUCAUUAAUGAAAAGAAUACAAAAGCAACACAUUUUUCAACAGAAUCAAUGCGACAACCAAUGUGGUGUUAA